AUGACCUUGCCGGAAGUUGUCUUGCCUUUGCGGCUGACCAAUCCUCGUCAUGAUCUACAGGGAAUGCUCAUGGAAUGGAUGUCUCUUGAUGCGAGGUACGAUCCAAGAGACUGUCUCCCAGACUUGCAACUCUUGUCCAAACUUCGUUUUGAGAUGGCAACUUGCAUCAAUGAAAAGAAUGGGCACGAACAGGCCUGGGCGGCCAAACCAGUCUUGCAUCAAUAUUAUCACGGCCUGCUACAAUGCGAAAAAUACAAGAUUGGUGGAUUGCUGGAUUUGGCAGAAAAACGUUCCCUCACACUCGAAUGGGAAUCGGCCAUUAUGGUGGAACGCCAAGUCGGCCACUCUCUAGAGUUUGAAAAGGUCAAUCUCAUUUGGAAUUUAGCCAGCAUGGAAGCUUAUCAAGCGCUGGGUCAACCUAGGGAUUUGAAUGGAUACAAGGCGGCGGCCCGCCAUUUCGAGGUUGCGGCGAGUUGGUUGCAUCAAAUGAACUCGUCGUCGUCGUCGUCGUCGUCGUUUUCUCCCAACAAGCCGUUUCCCUUUUUGGAUUUUUAUCCUUCCUUGAUUCGAUUGUGGAAAGGAUUACUGCUAGCAGAAGCUCAACACUGUGCCUUUCAAUCCCAUCGGUGCAGUUUUCAACCCGAUCAUGAGACUCUGGCGGAAAUGGCAGUGGCGGCCGUGAGCAUGUAUUCCUCUCUGAAAGCGCUCUUGCAACAAAAGGAGGACUCCUCUCGGACACCCAUUUUGAGUCAACCAUUGAUUCAAGAAUGGGGGCGUCUCAUUCAAGGAAUGUUGCUGUACAUGAAAUUCAUGGUCACCUAUCACCAUGCCGUGGAUUGUCGUCAAAAAUCGUUGUACAGCAGGGAGGCCCUAUUGCUCAAAGUUGCAGGAAAAGAGGCCAAGGAAUUCUUGCAAGUAUAUGAAAAAGGCGAUUUGUCAUCCUCCUUUGGUGAUUUGGAAGCUACCAUGCGAAAUUCAAUCUUGGAAAUUGAGGAACGCAUCCAACAAACCAGUCUCCAAAUUGAACCAGAAGAAGCUCCACCAACGUCCAAUGCCAGUGCUAGUGCCGCUACUAUUACCUCAGUACCUGUUACUACUAUUACUAAUACUGAUGCUGCUGCGAAAGCAACCGGCGAAGAGGAAUUGGAACAGGCACUGCCAAAGCUCACGGGAAGCAGUCAAACCUAUAUAUUACCAUUGGAACGGAUAUUGCAAUCAUAUCCUAAGGAACCCCUAUUUUCAUCCUUUGCGAAUUUGCAACAGUCGGUGGCACGCAAACAGAGUGCUGUUGGUAACAACAACAAAAGCAAAUCGGACAUGAAUAUGUCCAAACAAGCCAUGGCAUUUCGAUCCAACAUGGAUUCCAUGUUGCUCGAAUUAUCCAUGGAAGUGGAGGAAAAACGGACCGAGACGCGACAAUUAUUGGCACAAGUCAAAUUGCCCUACUCUCUGACAGCUUAUCAACAAGAAUCUCAAGGCGGUGGGAUUCCACCCGAUUUGUGGCAUCGGGUGGAGGCUAUCCAAAAGGAUCGAUUGGUGGAAUUGCUCAAGCAAGGAUUGUGGAAUUUGCAAGAUGCGUCGGAAUCGGCCUUGAGAAUACACAAACAAGCCAAAAGUCAACUGGACUUGGAUCUCGAAAACGAUAGGGCCUUUCGGAUGGAAAAUCCCUCCUUUCACGGGCGGAAUACCAAACAAUUGCAACUCUUGUAUCGAGAACAAUUGUCAAAUUAUCAUCGAUUGCUAUCUGCGGCCAGGGAAGGAGACGCGGUGCUGAUACAGCGUGCCGAACUGCUCGACACAAAUCCCAAAUUCAAACUGUUGCAUUUCAAAAAAUCCCAACUGAACAAGCUUUUGCCGGCCAGAAAGACCUGCGAAGCGAUUAAUGUGACACAAUUGUCUGCUUUGAUUUUGCGGCUCAAUCGCAUGUUUGGCGAACAAGAUACCAUGCUGCAUACGCUGCGGGAAGACUUGCAUUCCUUUGACAUUGGGAUACAACUGCGGAAAAAGACUUCGGUCAAUCACAAACGAGAUUGUGUAUACACGUCAUCCUACUUUGAAGGACCCUUUCGGGAGAGAAUGAAAGGUAUCCGAAAACAUUUGGAUUCGGAGAAACCUCUUUUGGAAGAGAUUCUAGAAGCAAACAAACAGUUUGUGCAAGCAAGGCACGAACAAACGUCGGGCAAGUGUUCGUCGGCAGAUGAUUGUAUUGCAGUGCUUGAAGAAGCUAUUGAAGAGCUCGAUCAAAUUUCCAACCAUUUAGAAGAAGGCAAGAACUUCUAUAGCAAUAUUACCUUGAAGCUAGAGACGCUCCGGGGUCAAGUGGACGAGCUUUCCACAAAGUUAACGGUAGAACGCUUGGAGUAUGAUGAUAGGGAGGGUCGCGAUCGUCAAGAGGAAGCCGAUGCUAUCAUGGCAAAACGACUCAGUCAAGACACACCCGCCGCUGCAGCAGCUGCCGCCGCCGGUGUGGCCAGAGGGCAACUAGGGUGGGUGGACGAUGAAAAAGUGGCAACCUUGGUGGCCAUGGAUUUUGACCCAGCGAACGUCGUCGAAGCGCUCAAGAAUAAGAACAAUGACGUGGACGCUGCUCUCAAUGAAUUAUUGUCUGCUGGGUAA